AUGACAACACCAGUAUCAAGUCAAAAUGGUACAUUAAGUUAUGUAUGUACUUGUCGACCGGAAUACACAGGAAUUAGCCCUUGUGCCAGUCAACCAUGUGCUUUUGGCACACAUUAUAAAGAUCUUGCUGGUUGGUCAUGUGUUUGUGAUCCUGGAUGGACGGAAGUACAAUGUAAAGACGGCAUUAAUGAAUGUGAAUCCAUGCAGCUGUUUGUAUUGAUGGUGUUAAUAGUUAUCAUUGUAGCUGUUUAG